GCCCAUUGUUUCCAAGGACAACAACAAUCAUGGCGUCCGGCGAAGCAAUGAGGAUCGAAGUUUUUGGUCUCCUGAAUGAUAUCAAUUUUGUUAGAGCAAAAUGUUGUGCAGAGGAUUUGUAUGAGAAGGAUUCACAGGUGUUUGAAGCGCCAGUUAUUUAUGGCAUGGUGGAAUUUGACUGGGACAUUUUCAUUACUGAAAAGAAAAAGGAGUUGAGGGGUGAGGCGUGGGUAUUUGAAGACAAAGCAAUAGCAUUUGUGAGUGGUCAACUGAUUGGUGGACCGGACGACUUCAUCCUGUGGGCCGAAGACAACUACAGCUUUGAAGAAUUCCGGCCGCUUCCUCUGUAUCAGACACUCACUGAGGAGGGAUACAAAACUCACCUCAAUUCAACUAACCAUGACUUUGUGUACAUGGAUAUAAAAAUAGGCCAGGAACCAGCUGGGAGAUUAGUUAUAGAACUGUUCACAGAGGAUGUUCCCAGAACGUGUGCCAACUUCAAGGCCUUGUGCACAGGGGAGAAGGGCGAGUCACCUGAGACUCGGUACAAGCUCUCUUACAAGGAUUCCUUGUUCCACAGAAUCGUUCCCAAUGGCUGGAUUCAAGGAGGAGAUAUUUACCAUGGGCGAGGCAAUGGAGGCGAGUCUAUCUUCGGGCCAGUCUUUGAAGAUGAAAACUUCUCGGUGCCCCACAACAAGCGAGGGAUAGUCAGUAUGGCCAACAACGAUCGACACACGAACGGCUCCCAGUUCUUCAUCACACUCCAGCCAGCUAAAUGGAUGGAUACCAAAUAUGUUGCAUUUGGCCAGGUGAUCGAAGGCACAGAGACGUUACGCAAGAUGGAGGAGCAGGAGGCGAUGAACCAGCGACCCAACCAGGAGAUCAGAGUCACUGACUGCGGAGUCUGCACUUACGAGUUUUGAGAUCACUUGAAAGAUUUUCUUGACAUAAGUUACAAUUGAUAAGCCGAAAUUCAGAUCAUGUUUUUUACGUUUAUAUUUUAAACCAUGAUACAAUAAGAUGUACAUAUAUGUCUAUUUAUGUGUACACCUGAGAAGAGAGAAAAGAAAAGAGCAAUCCCAACAUGGUUGUUUGCUAUAAAUAGAUUCCGACACAUUACAGCUGUAGACGUGGAAUUGGUACAAAUAACAAGUCUAUGUGAAAGGUUUAUGUAUCAUUUUUGAUGCAAGUAACUCCUUUUAAUGAAGAUCAUUAUUGUAUUGGCUUCACGGAGGGGAGGUAACUUUGAAAUCAACAGAACUGUAAAAAUGUGGGUGUAUAUUGUAUCGUUUAGUUUUUAUUGGAUCUCUUUGCAUUGUCAUAUAGUUUUAAAUAUUGUAUAUUUUUCAUACUGGAUUAAAAGAAAUCAACUUGAA